UUGUGUAAAUAUAAUUAAGCUAGGGAGGGAUUUGAUAUAAAGGGAAAAUUACACUGAUGGGAAGAGUCAGUGGAUAUUGUGAGCUUCAACGAUAACGUGUUUUAGUGUUAUAAGAGUAAUUUUUGUAAAAUUAGAUAAGCUUUAAGAUGCAAGUAUUACCGCUAAUCGUUCUCUUUCUAUUUGCGUUGGAGUGCUACUUAGCAGUACCAUACGGAUUCUUAGGAGUAAGAGGCAAGAAAGCUGGAGAUGAUCUUGAUGACAACUCGGUUGAAAUGGAAAUUCCAGUCAGGCUAGAGGACGAACAAACCUUACUCGAUUAUUUAGUACAGCAAUAUAACAGACAGAAUGGCCCACAAAAUAAUCAGUGGAGCGAUAUGCAUAAUGACGAAAAGAGGGUGCCGUAUGGUUUUAUGGGCACGCGAGGUAAAAGGUCUUCCGGACGUGAUAAUAUACAGGACAACCAGGACACAAUAUCGAAUUGAGUUGAAACCAAAUUAAUAUUAACAAUGAUUUAAGUAAAUCCUGAUUUUAUUAUUUAAGUAAUUUUUGUAAGAUUUAAUACUAAAAUUUUGUUUUAUUUAUUUUUUGUUAGCAAAUUGUAUUUUUUAAUCAUUAUUUAAGAUAUAAAUAAAUUCUUAGUUUUUCAA